AUGGAACACUCGGGAAUCUUCGACGCUGCAACGUUGGAAGUGGACGCUAUCGCUUCAUCCGUGGCCGAGGCCGUUGCUGUGGUGGUAAAUGGAGGAGAUGCCACUGCGCAAGCGCAGUCUGUCGCACAGUCCAUUGGCCUUGCAUACGCCGCCGCGAUUUCUUAUGCCGAUACGGCAGUUGAGGUGGAGGGACAGGGGCAAGCGGUGUCUGAUGCGAGUGCGGAAUCCUAUGCCGUUGCGAGAGCCACCGCCUACGCCAUCGCGCGAGGCCUUGCUACCGCCAUCUCGGACAAUGCUGCCGCCUACGGAGAUGUGUAUGCCGAGUCCCUUACUGUCGGAAUCGCCGAGGCUGCGUCCAGCGCGAGGGCAACCUCGGCCACCACGGGUGGAUCUGCUCACGCCACACAGGAGAGCGUUGCCGUGGCUGUUGCUGUUCCCAUUGCAACUGCGCUCGCCGAAGCUUUUGCCUACGCGGCCGAAGGUGGAGCGGUUGCCGCAGUGAAUGCGGUUGCCCAGACCGAGGUCGAGGAGCAGGCAUUCACGGCGACCAACAGCGACAGCGGCGCUCAAGCGGACAAUGGGCAGCAGUCCUUGGGAGUUGCGGAGGGCGACGCCAUCAGCUUCAGCGGUGUUCUUGGCGACUACGGGAAUCUGCUCGGAGCCGGCAGCGGGAAGAGCGGCGGGGGAUCCAACGGCUGCUGGCUUCAGAGUUACUGGAGCCGCUGGUGCCGCAAGUAG